AGGAGGUGAUGCCACAGCACUGGAAUUGGAGUUCACCAGCAGUCAAAGAGAGACACAGCUAUUACCUGUAUGUCAGCCUACCUGUCUGUCUGUCUGUCUGCCUUCCUGCCUGCCUUUCCGCCUUCCUGUCUGCUUGUCACUCUGCUAAUCUUUUGGGGGGGACGGAGCAGAGCUGAGUGAGUGGCAGAGCAGAGCAGACAUGCACAGCUUCUCAGGAGCAUGGAGAGCAAGUUUUUUCCUUUCCUGAUAUUUUCUUCAUCCAUCCAUUCAUUUCAUACGCUCGUUCUACCUGGACUUCCACUGUGUGCAGAGGAUCUAUGAAGCUUACCCCUAAAGGAACAUCCCUACAUUCUUCUAAACUACUCUGGUUCCACCGUUCUACCUGUCUGAAGCAGGAACACCUGGCAGGAGGAUUCCAGGGGAACUGGCAGUCUUGUUAGAAUGCUUAGGGGGGUGAACUGGCAGCCAGACACACAACACCGCUUUCAUCCCUGGAACUACUUGGGGACUUCCUGGAUCCUGUGUGUGUGUGUGUGAGUAUGUGAGGGAGAGAGAGAGAAAAGUGUUUUUCUUGCUCUGUGUAUUCACAUGUGUGUGUGUGUGUACGCCAGCUGUGGAACGUCUGUGUAUGGGUGUUCCCUAGUUUUUUGCCAACCUUAAAGAAACGGGGGAAUAGAGGGAGAGAGAGAACAACACUGCCUGUGUGUGACAGUGUAUGUGAGCUUGUGUGGAGUCGUUUCUUAAACGGGGCGGGAGAGUGAGAGCAGAAGAUGCCAGCCAUUCUGGGGGUCUCCAAGAUGAAGUCGGGACUUCCCAAGCCCAGACCCGUCCACAGCACCCUGCCCACCCCUCAGAAGAACGCUGCUGUUGCCUGCACAGACAGGUCCCACAGACCCAGCCAGCCCAGCCUCAUCCCCCUCAAAGCCCCUAUUACUAAACCCCCCCUUAAAGCCCCCCUCAGACCUGGGCAUGGGCAUAGGCAGGGGCAGGGCGAGGGGCCACAGUCUAAAAAGACAACCAGGAACGGAGAGGACCCUCAGAUCUACACAGAUUGGGCCAAUCACUACCUGUCCAGGUCUGGUCACAAGCGCUUGGUGAGGGACCUGCAACAUGAUGUCACUGAUGGAGUACUGUUGGCUGAGAUCAUACAGGUGGUCGCCAAUGAGAAGAUAGCUGCCAUUAAUGGAUUCCCCAAGAGCCAAACUCAGAUGAUCGAGAAUGUGGACACGUGUCUGUGUUUCCUGGCCAGUAGAGGGGUUAACAUCCAGGGUCUGAGUGCUGAAGAGAUCUGCUGUGGGAACCUGACGAGCAUUCUUGGAUUGUUCUUCAGUCUGUCGAGGUACAAGCAACAGCAGCAGAAGGUUCUGAAGCAGAACUCUCACCCAGCCACAGCCCGGGAUCACCUCAGCCCCAGUCCCAGCCCUGUGCGCCGCACCACCACCCCUACCCAGACUGGGCCCCAUGGGACAGCAGCCUGCACCCAGAUCCGGACCCAAGCUCAGGUCCAGGGCCAUCUGAACAGCUGCACUGUCCCAGCUCAGGGUGUAGCAGCAGACAUGCUGUCCAGUCCUUCAUCCAAGACGUCAUCCCAGAGUAAAGGGUUAAAGCUUUCUGUGGUUCAGAGAAAGACGUCUAGACUGCCAGCCCCCACCAUGCGUGUGUGUGCCCCGGGCAGUGAGGGUCAACCCAGGGGUUCCCCUUCUUCCUCAGCCUCCAGUAACCGUCGCAGUCAAAGCUUCCACAUCUACGACAAGCCCCGACCCGGCACACACACAGCCAGCAGCAGCUGUGACAGAGAGAGAAGCACCACCGCCUCUCCUAUCAUGACAGAGCUGGCUCCAUCUCCAGCUCCCUCUUCCUCCUCCUCCUCUUCCUCCCAGGCCAAUGCAAGCAUCAGCAGCAAGGCCUGGAGAAGCAAGUCCCUCAGCGCCAAGCACAGCUCCACCUCCGUCCUGCUCUCCGUCAAACAGGACCUUCCGCCCUGCCAAGCCCCGCCCCCACAGGCCUCGCCCCAUCAGGCCCCCCUGGAGGUGCCCUCCAAGGUCAUUGCUCAGAAGUCCAUGCUGGAGAAACUGAAGCUGUUUAACAGUAAGUCAGGCUCUAAGGGAGGAGGCAGCAGUGUGGGUGCCAGGCCAGAAACCCCACCAGGCCUGGACCCAGAGAGGGGGCAGAGGGGCCAAAGCUGCCCCGGCCUAGAGCUACACUUGGAGGUGGAGGGCAACUCAAGGCCCCCCAGCGCCAUAGCGAGGUCCACCACCCCCACCUCUACCUCCUCCACCGCCUCCAGCCCCAAGCUGGCCCUGAAAGGCAUUGCUCAGAGGACCUUCAGCCGAGCCCUCACCCCCAGAAGGAGCUCCCUGAAGCCUGGGGAGAAGGACAAGGCCAGGCCCAAGGAGAGGGACAAGGCAGGGGGGAGCUCCAGGGCCGGAGGGGGCAGCUCCAGGGCCGGGGCUGGGCCUGAGGAAGAGGGACCUGGGGAGGGGGCCAGGCUGGAGGGGGUGGGCUCUGAGGCAGAGAAGAAGAACACCAAGAUCUCCAGUCUCAUCCCUAAGGGUGGUAAGAUCGGCAGCACUACGAAAGAGAGCUCCAGUCCCAGCUCAGCCCUGGCCGGGACUGGCAUCCCCAAACCUGGAGGCAAGGCAGGGAAGGCCUCUGGCUGCGGCGCUCCCUCUGGUGGCAGAGACGGGGAACUGCGGGGGAGAGUGAGAGCCAGCAGCGGGCUGUCUGUCCACAGGGCUCAUGUAGAGAGCAGGAGCUCCAGCCCUUGUUCUAGCCUGGGCUCCUCAGAAAGCCGGUGUCCCCACCACCUCAGUGGGGCUGCAGUGCCCCUGGUGGCCAGUGAGGGUGCUACGCUGAUGACCUCCAGCAUCCAGCUGCCUCGUCCUCAGCAGCUCCACAGUCACCCCAACACCGCCACGGUGGCUCCCUUCAUGUACAGGUCUCAGCCAGACGUUACCGAGGCGAUACUCUUGGAGGCAGGAUCACAGGAGGGGAAUGGAAGGCCUGUAGCUUUCAGCCAAUCAGCACACAACUCUCUAGAGGACCUCACAGGUGAGGAUCCGGAGGCCCGUCGCUUGCGGACUGUGAAGAACAUCGCUGACCUGAGACAGAACUUGGAGGAGACCAUGUCCUGUCUGAGAGGAACGCAGAUCAGCCACAGCACUCUGGAGACCACUUUUGACGACAGCGUAACCACGGAGAUCAGCAGAGGGGGAAAGGCUAUCCUCAACAUGCCCCCUCGCCCAGCCUCCACGUUACCGUGGCGACUUGGUGGGUCCAGCCCCCGUCUCCAGGCGGGCGACGCCCCUUCAACAGGAGGCGGCUACGGGGUGGCGGCGAGGGGUGGAGUUAGUCGCGCUCUGACCCCUAAGGGGGGGUACCUGCGGAGACACUGGCCAGCGGGGCGGGACAUAGAUGACCUCACCCCCGGCCAUGCCCUCCUCUUGGCAGAUAAGAUGGAGGAGCUGGAAGGUAUCACCGUGCAGACAACGGGGUACGUUAGCGACGGGGAACUGCUGGGGAAGAACGCCAGGAUGGAUCACAUGACUAGCGGCUACAUGACGGCCGGCGGGGGGGGUAUAUACACACAGCGUCCGGCCAACAAAGAGGUGCUCCAGCACACCACUACGAGCCACGCAGACACAGACAGCGUCAUGGGGGAGGAUACAGACUGCAGACAGAUAGAGCCUGACAGGGUGUGGCCUCCCACAGAAAGCACCAUGCUGGACUGUGUGUGCUGCAGAGAGAUCAAAAGGAGGCUCCAGGCGCUGAGGUGCUCUGCCUCUCAGGACAUCAGCUUUGCCCUGCAGCUCUAUGCUGUCCGACCUACAGGCUAUGCUCCCAUCUCCCAGUCACAGGAGACACUACAGUCACACAGCCAGCCAGUCUUUCACAUGCUAACGUUGUCUGAAGACCCCGUCCUGUCAGCUCUGUCUGACUGUGCUGAGGGUGAGAAGCUACAGUCAGAUAUGUUCUGUGUUGUGGAGAGAAACGUGAAGGCCUCUACAAAACAGCUCUCGACCCGUGGACCUCGUGCUCAGAAGAAGAGCAACCUCCUCUUCAGGCCUCCCAGCAUGCUUGUGAGAAGCAGCUUUGUCUUCCAGCUCCUCAGGCUGGUCUGA